UUAUUUACCGACAAGUGGGGUGAGCAUGACAAAAGGAAAAAAUAUAUGACAAUGACACGUCCUAAGUGACCGUGAAAAUAUAGGUUAGGAACAUAGUGCAAGUGUUUGAAAUUUUGUAUUAUUUAUAAUAAGCAAUAAUUGAUUGAAAAACAAAAAAUGAGUGCCUGCAGACCAUUGAAACGAGUUACACAUGUAAUAUUCGAUAUGGAUGGUGUACUUUUAGAUACUGAAAUAUUAUAUACAAAAGCCACACAAAAUAUCCUAGAUAAAUAUGAAAAAACAUUCACAUGGGAAGUUAAAACUCAAAUGAUGGGUUUACACGGUUCUGAAAUGGCUAAAAGAAUCGUCGACGUUUAUGAAUUGCCUUUAACUCCUGAGGAAUAUUAUAGUCAAGCAAUGGAACAAUAUAAAAUCAUCAUGCCUCAAUGUCAAUUAAUGCCAGGUGCUUUUAAAUUGGUAAAACACCUUCAUUCAAAUAAUAUUCCAAUUGCAGUAGCUACCUCAUCAUCUCAGGAAAGUUUUGAUCUAAAAACCCAAAAUCACAAAGAUUUUUUUUCACUAUUUAGUCAUAUUGUUUGUGGUGGUAGUGAUCCUGAUGUCAAGGCAGGAAAACCAGCUCCUGAUAUAUUUUUAACUUGUGCGAAAAGAUUUUCAGAUCCGCCCCAUCCAGAAAAGUGUUUAGUAUUUGAGGACGCUCCAAAUGGAAUUCUAGCAGCUCUAGCUGCUGGUAUGCAAGCUGUGAUGAUUCCAGAUGCAAAUGUAGCUCCAGAACUUAGGAAAAACGCACACGUCGUUAUAGACAGAUUAGACAAUGCUCCCUUAGAACUAUUUGGUUUACCAAGUAUCAAAGGUUGUUGAAUUUUAUUAGUAAAAAAAGUUGAUAUAAAAUUUUCCGAUUUAUUAAUUUGUAUGAUUUACCAACGGCACAAAUAUUUUAGAUCCAAAAUAAAUAUUUGAAAAAACAAACUAAUUGGUUUAAUUACCUUUACCAUUUGUUGAAGUUCAAGGAGAAGCACAAAGCUGAGUUAAUCAUGGAGAGCAUACACAUUUAAAUCACAUUCAAACAUCUCUGAGCAAAUUUAAAAUACAAAUUAAUGAAAUAAAAGCCACUCAAGUUACUUUCACUCUUAAGAAACAACUAUUGGUCAAUUGAACAGUGCAUAUACAAAUAUUUGGGUAUGGAGAUAAGUGCUUCUCAAAGGAAAAUAUAAUUAAAAAGCUACAAUACAUCAAUUUCAAAUUAUAUUGAAAUACUUUAUAUAAUAGUUUGUACACUAAAUAAAAAAUUGAACAUUAUU